AUGGCUACUAUCCUACUUACCUGCAACUCUGAGGACUUUGACAUCGCUCUCUGCCUCAAAUCUUCGAUCCAAAAUGAACUUGGAAUCAAGGUUUGCCUUCACAUCGAAGAUGACAGCGACGAUGAAGAUGAAGGCUUGGACGCCAUGGUCGAGCUAGCCACAGUUCUCUUGGUUUUUGAGUUUGGCGACUCCAACAUCUCCGCUUGGGUGACCAUUGAUGGUAUUGAUAUUGCACAAAGCAACUACCAACAAAGUGCAUUCCCGGAAGCCAUCGACUUUUCCAAGAAUUUCGCAAAGGGUGUCGCCGUGCUUGAUGAUAUCCUUUAUACCGAUUUCGGUCUAGACACGAGAGCACGUGCUCAUGUACAGCCACAGCAACACUUUGCCCAAUUGACAGUGUAG